AGCAUUGUUUGUAGUCGACUCGGUAGCCGGGCAACAUCAAGGGUUUCCAAAUUUGGCGUCCCAAGGAGAGCACUUUGCCAUAGUCGCUGAAAAUUGUGUUCGUUGUCAGAGUUAGAUAUAUUUCAAAGUCCAUACGCCAUGGAUGAGUUUGGAGUCUUCGAUUACAAGCGCCCUGCCAGCGCUACAGAUCCCGACUGGAGGACCUCGUACUAUCGAGGCCAUCGUCACAUUACAGACUUGAGGAUGGGCAAUAAGCUGAACGCAAAGUUUGCGGAUAAGAGUAUUUAUGUGAAAGAUCCGCUGCUGUCUGAGAAGCCGACUUCUGAGUGUAUGGCCAAUUAUGUGUGGAAGUAUGCCGAUCCCAACGCACUUAGGAAUCCCUCGCUGAACAUGAAAACGCAGUACAUGAAACCAUUUGAGGAGGCCUCUCUUCGCUUUGUCAAGCGAAAGAUGAAGCCCAUUUCUAGUGUCAGUCAUGACUCGUAUGUGCUUAAGGAGCUGCCGGAGGAACAGGAAAUAUUGCCCGUAACAAUGCCCACUCCGGUGGCAGCCACCAAGAUAGUCAUCGACCGUUCGCAGGCGUCAUUUAGCAAGUACCUGGAUCCCUCCUCAACCACAUACAAUCUUUCCUAUGUGCGAUGGUGUCCCGAGGACUUAAGUGGCGGAGUGGCUGCCCACGACAAUAUCACAUACUGGAAUUGGUCGGAGAAGAUGCCGCCCAUCCAGAAAGUAUCCCGCGAAGAGGAUCCUACAAUGUGUGACGAGGGUAAUACGCAUAACUGUCCAAAGCGACGUUGUGAGUUUCAAAACCUUACGAAACGAGUGCCGCAUUCGGGAAUGGUGACCGAGGUGCGCGCUAAUUUCACGGACCCACAAUUCCGAAUGGUUGAAUUCGAUCCCGAUGUCAAGCCCAUACUAGUGCACGAGGAAGUCACUCCGUUUGCCGAGAAAAGCGAAUACGGCAUCUACGGCUCGGGGGAACCAGUUAUCAAGUACGUUUAGCAGUUCUCCACGCAUCGUUUUGACUUGGUUUUCAUUUGGCAGCUAACUUAAAUUAUUUGCAAUAUAUAUUGCAUUAAAUAAAAUCAUUAUAUUGUUUA